AUGGCUCCGAGGAGAAGCGGGCUGCUGCUGACUGUGUCUGUGGUGGCAUGGCCGUGCAACUUCCUCGGCCUCGGCCCAGGCCUCGGCCUUGAGGCGAGGGCACCAGAACGCGGAAUACGCGGAGGAUGCGGACGAACGGCUUUGGCAGGCCAGGGACGAAGCACGGUUGACUUCAUUCGGGAAAGGCUUCCGGGGACAGCUUUCGUCGCUUCGAUGGCGGCCGUGUCCAGAAGGGUCGCAUCGUUGCAUUUUUUCGGUGGUGCCUUCAGCCCACUGCUUUACGCCACCUUGACAGGACUGCUGCUGGGAAAUACCGUUCUCGCCAAGAGCAACUCUUUGACUCGAGAGGUGCGGCCGAUGCUGAAACCAGGCGUGGCCUUUGCCAAAGCUCGAUUGCUACGCCUUGGAAUCAUCUUGUACGGUUUCAAUGUGUCGGUGCAGCAGAUCUUGACAAUGGGCCCGGGAAGUUUUUGCUCAGCCCUGGCUAUGGUUUUCUCAACGCUUGCUGUGGGCGUGAUGGCUGGCGAAGUGCUGCGGGUGGACAGAUCUGUGGCUUUGCUUGUUGCCACGGGUGCAUCGAUUUGUGGCGUUUCGGCGGUCAUGGCGGCAGCGCCAGUCGUCGAGAAGGAAGGGGCGUCCGGCUCAAAAGUCUCAGUUGCUUUGGCAACUGUUAUGGUAUUUGGGAUCACCUCUAUGUUCCUGUAUCCGAUCAUGUGGCCGAUACUUCCCGGACCAUUAUCUGCAAAGGCUAUGGGGAUCUACACAGGUGCCACCGUCUACGAGGUCGCCGGGGUUGUGGCCGCUGGCCAUGCGAUGUCGCCCGGUGUGGCCUCUGCGGCCUUGCUGACCAAAUUGGUGCGGGUGCUGCUGUUGGCUCCCUACCUUUUUAUUGUCAGCAGGCUGGCUGAAGGUGGAUCCACGAGCAUUCAAACUCCUUGGUUCGCGUUUGCCUUCUUUGGCGUCUGUGUUAUGUCGUCAUAUCUGCCUUUGCCUCCUGAGCUUGCCGCGAAAGCGACCGAAGUCGGUUCCUGGUGCACUGCACUGGCCAUGGUCGGACUGGGUUUGGAGAGCGAUGCUGGCGCCAUCAAGCAGAUGGGAUGGCGCCCCAUGCUGCUAGCGAGCGUUCUCUUCUUGUACUUGGUAUGCGGCGGAUUUCUUGCCGUCAGCGGAAUCCUGCGGUUGCUUCCAGUGUAG